UCACGUCUGGAAACGGGACACUGGGAGAACAGGAAGAUCCCAAAAGCGUUCCUCUCCAUCUCCGAGCACACAUUCUGUUCACGUGAAGGUCUGACUCAUUUGAUUCUGGACGGAGCUCCAUCUGUCGUAGACGUGUGUUUUACAGGGGCUCACUAAAGAUGUGGAAGGCAGCAGCAGGGCAGUCAGUCAAGGUGACUGUGGAUGAUGGCGGUGACGACUGGGAGACGGACCCUGACUUUGAGAAUGACGUAUCUGAGAAGGAGCAGCGCUGGGGUGCCAAGACAGUAGCUGGUUCUGGACAUCAGGGGCACAUAAAUAUCCACCAGCUGCGUGAAACCGUGUCAACUGAGCAUACGAGCUUGAAACAGCAGGAGUUAGACAACAUGCCCAAGGCCUCGCAUGGAUAUGGAGGAAAGUUUGGGGUGCAGCAGGACCGCAUGGACAAGUCUGCUGUGGGACAUGAAUACCAGAGCAAGUUAUCCAAGCACUGCUCCCAGACCGACAACUGCAAGGGCUUUGGAGGGAAGUAUGGAGUUCAAGCUGACCGUGUAGACCAGUCUGCGGUUGGCUUUGAGUAUGCUGGGAAAACAGAGAAGCAUGCUUCACAGAAAGACUACAACACAGGAUUUGGGGGGAAAUACGGUGUACAGGCAGAUCGUGUUGACCGGAGCGCGGUGGGCUUUGAUUACCAAGGCAAAACUGACAAACAUGAGUCCCAGAAAGAUUAUACUAAGGGUUUUGGCGGGAAGUUUGGCGUGGAGACCGACAAAGUGGACAAGAGUGCUGUGGGCUUUGAAUACCAGGGCAAAACCGAAAAGCACGAGUCUCAGAAAGACUAUGUCAAAGGUUUUGGAGGCAAAUUCGGUGUACAGACAGACCGGCAGGAUAAAUCUGCUCUGGGAUGGGACCACCAGGAGAAUCUACAGCUCCAUGAGUCCCAGAAAGACUAUAAGCGUGGGUUUGGAGGGCAGUAUGGGGUAGAGGUGGAGAGGCAGGACCAGAGUGCCCUGGGCUAUGAGUACAAGGAACACCUGGCCAAGCAUGGGUCACAGAAAGAUUACUCCAAAGGGUUUGGAGGAAAAUUUGGUGUACAGAAUGACCGAAUGGAUAAGAGUGCAAGCACAUUCGAGGAUGUUGAGAAGCCCAAAUCAUCUUACCAGAAAACUAGACCUGUGGAGGCUGCUGGCAGCAGCACUGGAAGUAUUAAGGCCCAGUUUGAGAAUAUUGCCAGGCAGAAGGAGGAAGAGGACAGAAAGAGAGCUGAAGAUGAGCGAACACGUCGGCAGGCUAAGGAGAAACAGGAGCAAGAGGAGGCACGACGUAGAAUUGAAGAGCGGGCCAAAGCGCCCUCUCCGGUUCCUGUUGCAGCGAGCCCCAGUCCCACUCCGGUUACUUUUGCAGCGAGCCCCAGUCCCACUCCGAGCCCAACUUCACCUGUCCAGCCUGCUCUCUCUUCAACAUACGAGAAUGCAGAUGUUACCUACGAGGUUGCUGAUGAGAAUGGAGAGCAACUGUAUGAACGAGAACCACAGGGUGACUACGAACAGCCAGAGGUGCUUUAUCAGACCCCUGCUGAAGAGGGGCAGCAGUAUGCGAUUGGUGAGGACGCCGGGGUGACCGCGGUUGCCCUGUAUGACUACCAAGCAGCUGGCGAAGAUGAGAUCUCCUUUGAUCCCGAUGACAUCAUCACCAACAUUGAGAUGAUCGACGAAGGCUGGUGGCGUGGCGUUUGCAGAGGGGCUUACGGUCUUUUCCCUGCCAAUUACGUUGAAGUACGGCAAUGAUAUCACUCUGCCGAAAGAGGAGAGGCUGUUAAAUUCCUACUUUUCAUGCUUUGGUCUCCUUUCUUUUCUGAGUGCUUCAACACUGUGCAAGACAUCUUAGGUCUUCUAAAUCAGCAUUCGUUUGCGCCUUUUUCCAUCACACAAGUGAUUUUUGUUUUGUAUUGUUUUUAUAUAAAUGAUGAUGAUUUCCUCUGUGUGCAGUACACAAACUUACUUGAGAAUGACUCAACACCCGGAAAACAAAUAAAUAAAUAAACUAGGCCUAAAAAAAAAAAAAAAAGUUAAAAGCUUUGGCUGCAUUGGUCUCCAAAAAAAAAAGUACUGCACCUAUUAAGUUUAGUUUUACCAAAGAUGUGUGUUGACAAAAAUAUCUGGUGACCACCCUCACUCUCAAUUGAGACAAGGGGAUAUGAUGAUAUAUGUCCAGUACAGCCCACCAGGGACCGAAACAAUAAUAAUGAUUACCUUCAUUGCAUCCCCUCCAAACACACUUAACUUAAACUGUUUUUGAUAAGCAUAAAGCAUUUGUUUUGAAGUUAAUGCAGUAUGCGAAUCUGCUUUCGUCCACCAUUGUUGGUUCAGGGUUUCUUCUUUAAGAUGUUCAGAUUUAUGGGGCAAUUUAUGUAAAUGGACACUGUGUUAAGUUGCACUUAACAGUACACUACAGCUCAUUGUUGAUUACUGUUGAUGCCAUGAGUCAUGUGCAGAGAAAUUAAGAGUUACGAUGCUUUGAGAGAUGGUAGAUUUGAAAACAUAUUUUUAUUCCAUCGCUGUUUUUGUCUUUGAAUGUGAGCAAGCCGUCUGUGUGUGUGUGUGUGUGUGUGUGUGUGUGUGUGAGAGAGCUUUCAUUGUUUUCCAUCUUUUAGGGUUUUGUAACAUCAAAGUGACCUUUACAAUUUUUUUUAUCUGUACUUCUGUCUGCUUGAGUCAUAUAACCCGUUUUCUUUUUUUUUUUUUUUUCAAGAAAUAAAAUAUAUGAAUUAUACGGUGGUUUAUAUUUUGACUUUGUUUACAGAUUGGAGCUAUUUCAAGCUUGCUGAAAAAAAAAAAAAUUUUUUUUACAUUAGUUACCAUUAUACAUUUUUCCCAUGCAGCAAUUUUGAUGGGAAAGCUGCAUUCCGACGAUAAGAGCAGCUGUUUGGCACUAUAAUGGUUUAUUUAAAGCGCUCGAGCAAUACUGUACUUUCUUGGGAUGGCAGUUUAACAGCAUGGAAUUACAGUAAAAACUCCUUUGUGUAGCUGCUUUGAUAAGCGAAAAGUCUUCAGCUUGCCUUUUCAUUGCUUCUCUUUUUGCAUUUUCGAAAUGUUGUAUGGACAGUGCAAUUUUCCGAAUUGUUCAAGAUGCUGUGAUUCAUGGAAAUCAGAUAUUAUAUAUCAAUAUUGAACAAGCCAACUUGAGUAUCCAUUUGUCUUUUGACAGUUUUCAAUGAAAUUUGUACAUUUUCAAACAAUUUAGCAGUGUCUAUCAAAAGAAGUGUAAUUCAAGGAUCAUGCUUAAAUUUGAGUUGAAGAGUUAAUUUAUUUCAGUCGUUCAAUUUGAAACGUGAAACUGAUUCAUUAAACACAGGAAUACUUUAAGAAGGUCGUAAAUUUAUGUCGUUUUGAAUAGUUAUGUAAUUUUCAAAUUUCUUGCGGUGAUGAAUUUUGGGUUUUUUGUUUGCUGUGCUCUGUAAGUCUAAUCGUAUUCUGAUUUAUUGAUUGUACUUGUACUACAUUAAAGCUAUAAAUCAGUAA